AAGAGAAGUUCAAUGUGGAAACAAAAAUUAUUGUUGCAGACUUUGGAGAGAGAGAAGAUAUUUACACUAAAAUAAAAGCUGCAUUGGAAGGCUUAGAGAUUGGUGUUUUAGUCAACAAUGUAGGGAUUUCAUACGCUUAUCCAGAAUAUUUCCUUGAUGUUCCAGACCUGGAUAAUACAAUCGACAAAAUGAUAAACAUUAACAUCAUGUCUGUUUGUAAGAUGACACGCUUGGUGCUGCCUGGCAUGCUGGAAAGAUCUAAAGGAGCAAUCCUGAAUAUCUCCUCAGCUAGUGGCAUGUUUCCAACUCCUCUGCUUACUCUCUACUCUGGAACAAAGGCUUUUGUGGAUUUCUUCUCUCAAGGCCUCCAUGCGGAGUACAAGAGCAAGGGCAUUAUUGUGCAGAGUGUUUUACCAUAUUAUGUGGCUACAAAAAUGGCCAGAAUCCGCAAGCCAACCUUUGAUAAACCCAGUCCUGAAACGUAUGUAAAAGCUGCCCUUGGCACAGUAGGCCUGCAGUCCCGGACCAAUGGGUGUCUACCCCAUGCUAUAAUGGGCUGGUUCAUGUCUCUUUUCCCUACCUCAACUGUUGUAAACUUCACAAUGAGCCGCAACAAGCAAGUGCGGGCUCGUUUCUUGAAGAAAGCGAAAGCAAACUAAGUUGUUGGAAUGGGAUCAGAUGUUGCGAUACCUUCUGUCUCAAUACCCGUGUAUUACACCAAAAAAUUUAAUUGUAUUUAAAAUUUUCUAGUGUAGUUCAUAUUUUCUGACAGGACCAAGCAUAAUCUUUGACUGGGAUUAGAGGUGGAAGAUGAUUUCUGGACUUGACUAUGCUUGGUUUGUUAGUCAUGUGCAAGUAUUGAAUAUUAACCAGAUAUAGUAUAUUACAUGAAGCUAGUUAGUUACACUAGUGGAUGCAGAAUUGUCAGAAGCCUGGUGAUAGAGGGAAAAAGUACUACCUGGUCACUUAAAUGGUUAGAGUCAAAUGGCUGGUACUUAAUAAUAAAAUAAUGAAGUUGAUUGGCAUUCACUUUUAAGUUUUUCACUCCGGGACCAGUCAGUUACAUGAAGUCCACCUGUUCUCUAAGUUAGGUAUGCGUGGGUGGAAGGAAGAAUUGCAGAUGUCUGUCUUUCAGCUAUACUGCUGUGAUAUAAGCUUUACUUAAAAACAAAAAACCUAGACAAAACCUUUGUUCACUGAUGUAGCUAAUACUCGGUUCAAAUUCAGAACUCUCCCUCAGAGUCUGUGUAGCCAGUCUGUGAUGUCUCCCCCAUAUUUUAUUUAAUGAGUUGAAUGUGUACUAGAAUACCUGGGGGGAGGAGUUUUUAACGGUCUCGGGUUGUACUUGUGUGGCUCCUAUGUCAGUCUCCAAUAAAAACAGUUUCUGCGUUAGUCUGUCCAUUUUUUAAAUUGGCUCAGUUAAGAGGGACCAUACACUUUAGUAUGUUGGCUUUAAAUCCUGUAACUCCACUGUCUUCAUCUGCAGUACUGAAAUGUAUUCAUGUGUCAACACUUGGGUGUUUUUAUAGAAUGUAAAUUGAGGGAUCUGCUAUGAUCUGAUUUAUAAAAUGGAGGAAAAUGGGCCAAAAUGCAAAAUGAGUGAUUUGCUCUAACAUAUUCUAACAUGCUAACUACAGCAAUUGUUUAAAUUUUUGACUAUUAAUGCUAACUUUUCAGUGUGUAAAAUAUAUAUAUAUAUAUAUAUAUAAAAUAUGAUUUGUAAUGAUCUUGUUAGAAGUUUGGUGCCUGCUGUUACUUGUAGAAAAUUGCAAACACAAUGUAGAUAAAUGCUACCAGUUACCCGCUGGUUGUCUUGUAAAGACUGUUGGUACUUUAAAUGAAAGCUUGAAAUUACAUUUUGUUGGGGUGGUGGUUAAAUUCUUUCUGGCACAUGCAUCAGUGUCUUGCUGUGGACCAGGUGAAAUGAAGCUAAAUAUCUAUCAGCAAGUCCUAAGAAUUACAUAAAUUAAGAUAAUAGACAAUAUUCACUCGCAUAAUAGCUGUGCUUUUUUCUGAAACGUUGCCACCAGAAACUGAGGUGCAGCCAGCAGAAAACUGAGGACGCAUUGAGGGUAAACAAAAGUUGUAAUUCUGUAUUUGAAUGUCCCUCCAAAAUUGCCCAUCCUUCAUGAUCUUACAGACUAAACUGAAUGUGGACCAUAAUUAAUGCACGGUGUUGUAUGGCUUUCCCAGAUGGAGACAUUCCAAAUCAUGCCUUUCAAGGUAAAUUUCUUUUGAAUGUGUUUCUGUUGCUUUAGAAAUUACGGUGUGGCCACAGCAUGGAGAAUAUAUGUUGGGUUUUUUUUUAUUUGAGGCAAUGUUCAAGGAUGUGACCAUCACAUCAGUAUGACUGAUUAAGGAAGUAAAUACAGUACAUGUUUCUUUGAUCUAUUAUUUUUCUACUUUUAGAGUGCCCUAAAGAUUUAUUUCCAGGCUGAAGCAGUCACUGUUUUUUUACAGGUUAUUUUUACGCUACUAAAAUAUUACAUAAGGGUUAUGGGUUAUGGGUUUCGUGGUUUAAAAAAAAAAAUUCCCAGGCAUGGGAUGAAUUUUGAUGGCCUACAUGAAAUACAUUUUAAUGGCA